GGGGAGGGGAGGAGAGAGAGAGAGAGAAGAGAGAUUAGCGCUGCUCCGAGUUCAAGAGACGAGUGGAACGAUGGUAGCUUUACCGCUCCGACUACCGUCAUCAUCAUCACCAUCACACUUCUCGCUCGGGGAGAUGUGUCUCCGCACCCGCUCAUGGGAUGGUGUAGCAGCGACCGGGAGCCGGGCUAAGCGUCCGGGCUGCGUUUGAUUCAAGAGGAAUAAGACGACGAAGGAUAGCGAAGGGAAGUGAAGAGAGGUUGGUUGGUUGGCGGCGGCGGCGACGGCGGUGGUGGUGUGGAGAGGGUUCGAGAUUGAAGGGAGGUCACGAGUGGUCGUGGGGAGACGGAACGCUGGUGGAUUCGCAAGCGACUGGGCACGCUUACUGGCCUGCAGGUGAGGGGGGGUGUGGUGGCCCAGGUGGAGCGAUUUUAUGGGGCAACAGCAAACGAAAUUCGGGGAGCACAACAGGUGGUCCAUCCUCCCCGACAACAAGGGCGGCGUCAAGAGGGAUCUCUCCCGACACGGACUGCACUGCAAUGUCUUCGCCGAGCACGAGGCGCUGCACCGGCCGCUUCCGCUGGUUCCGGAAUCGGAGGGGCUGGCGCUGGAGGAGGGGCCCUCCUCGCUGGGGCUCCCCGAGAACGACCCCAACCUCUUCGUGGCGCUCUACGACUUCGUCGCCAGCGGGGACAACACCCUGAGCAUCACCAAAGGCGAGAAGCUGCGCGUCCUCGGCUACAACCACAACCACGAGUGGUGCGAGGCGCGCACGCGCAACGGCCAGGGAUGGGUGCCGAGCAACUACGUGACGCCGGUGCACAGCCUGGAGAAGCACGCGUGGUACCACGGCCCCAUCUCGCGCAGCGCCGCCGAGUACCUGCUCAGCAGCGGCAUCAACGGCUCCUUCCUGCUGCGCGAGUCGGAGAGCAGCCCCGGGCAGCUGUCCAUCUCGCUGCGCUGCGAGGGGCGCGUCUACCACUACCGCAUCAACACGGCCAGCGACGGCAAGGCGUACGUGACGUCGGAGAGCCGCUUCGGCACGCUCGCUGAGCUGGUGCACCACCACUCGGCCGUGCCGGACGGCCUCGUCACCACGCUGCACUACCCGGCGCCGCGCCUCACCAAGCCCACGGUGUACGGCGUGUCGCCCACGCACGACCGCUGGGAGAUGGAGCGCACCGACAUCACCAUGCGCCACCGGCUGGGCGGCGGCCAGUACGGCGACGUCUACGAGGGGCACUGGAGGAGGUACAACCUCACGGUGGCCGUCAAGACGCUCAAGGAGGACAUGAUGGAGGUGGACGAAUUCUUGACCGAGGCGGCCGUCAUGAAGGAGAUUAAACAUCCGAACCUCGUGCAGCUCUUGGGCGUGUGCACGCGCGAGCCGCCCUUCUACAUCGUCACGGAGUUCAUGCCGCGCGGCAACCUGCUGGACUACCUGCGUGAGUGCGACCGCGACGAGGUGACGGCCGUGGUGCUCCUCUACAUGGCCACGCAGAUCUCCUCCGCCAUGGAGUACCUGGAGAGGCGCAACCUCAUCCACCGGGACCUGGCGGCACGCAACUGUCUGGUCGGGGAGAACCACUUGGUGAAGGUUGCCGACUUCGGGCUGAGCCGGCUCAUGACGAGCGACAUCUACACGGCUCGCGCCGGCGCCAAGUUCCCCAUCAAGUGGACGGCGCCCGAGAGCCUGGCCUACAACAAGUUCUCCAUCAAGUCCGACGUGUGGGCGUUUGGCGUGCUCCUGUGGGAGAUCGCGACGUACGGGAUGUCGCCGUACCCGGGCAUCGACCUCACGCAGGUGUACGACCUCCUGGAGAAGGGCUACCGCAUGGAGCAGCCCGAGGGCUGCCCCCCAAAGGUCUACCAGCUCAUGCGCUCAUGCUGGCAGUGGAACCCGCAGGAUCGCCUCUCCUUCAGCGAGACCCACCAGGCCUUCGAGACCAUGUUCUACGACUCAAGCAUUUCAGACGAAGUUGAAAAGGAGCUCGGCAAGAAGAAGCCGAGCGAGUUGCAGGCGCCCGUGCUGCCCACCAAGUCGCGGCGGACGCCCGAGCAGAAGGGAGAUAAGUCCCCUCUCGAGGCCAGGGUCGACUGCGAGCUCCGGAAGGCGGACCAAUCAUCGCCCAAGGGAGAUGCCGGCAAGCCCACGGCCCACAACAACAACAAGGGCAGCAGCAGCUUGGUGGCGAACGGGCAGGGCAGCCCCGAGGGCAGGCGCCUGCAGCCCCAGCGCAAGAGCAGCUGGAUCUUCGGCUCGUUCAUCCGCCGCCUCCGCUGCACCCCGACGCCGGUGCCGCCCAAGCGCAGCAGCUCCUUCCGGGGCCCGUGGGAUGGUUCGACGGGGGUUGGCGGUGGUGGCGGCACGGAUGCGGGCGAGGGCUUCGUGCACGUGAGUGUGGUGCCGCCGCCGCCGCAGCCGCAGCCGCAGCCGUCGUCGUUCGGCGGAAUCGGCGGCGCCGGCUGCGGCAAGGGCAGGGCGCGGUGCAACUCCGGCAACGGCGUGAGCAACGGGCACGCGGGUGUUGGCGGCGGCGGCGGCGGCGGAGGAGGAGGAGCCGGCGGGAGCAGGCUGGCCGUCCUCGCCGGACUGUUCACGCCGCGGCUCGUGAAGAAGCCGAUGGGCGUCGCGGCGAGCGACCUGGCGCUGAAGCGGGAGGAGCGCGUGAUGACGCGCGAUGACGCCCUGCUGCUGCUGCAGCAGCAGCAGGGCGUCAUCACGCGCUCGUACUCCGCCUCCUCGGCGCAGUCGGGCGCCGAGUUCCCCGUCGGGAGAACUGUGAGCCUCGUGCGCGACAACCGCUGCCCCUUCAAACCCCGUGGCCGCCCGGGAGCCGCCGACCCGGCCGCCGCCUCCUCCUCCAUCGCGGAGGUGCCGGAGAUCUCGGUGUUCUCCAGGCGGCUGCUGCUGCUGCGGGACGACAAGCGGAGCCUGUCGAACGCCGCCACCGCCGCCGCCACCGGCGCGCCCGUCGUGCUGCGCAGCUUCCUCUCCGCUCCGUCAUCGUCGUGCGACGAGGAGCACGACUUGGACGACUCGGACGACGAGUUUGAGCGGACGAUGCAGUCCGAGAGGCUGAGGCCGGCGGCGUCGAGGCCCGGGCGGGCCGGUCAGAACGGCAGCCGCCCACCGGCGGAGCGGAGCAUCGACUCGUCGUCGGACUCGCCCGUGUUUCAGCAGCGCCAAUGCUGGCCGCUGGUCCGCCAGGUGGACUGUGUGCCGGCGGGGAGCGUGCGGAUCUUCCCGGCCGACGCGCAGACGCCGAGGCCGCGCGGCAUCCCCGCGAUGGGCGUGCGAGCCUCGGAAGGGGCGGUGGACAAGCGGAAGGGCGGCGGCGGCGGCGGCGGCGGCGUCGCGCUACCGCCGCCUACCAAGCCGGGGAAAGCGACGACGCCGCCGGCAUCUGCGUCGCCGGCCGGCGCGAAACUCGCCUUCAAACCCGCCCAGACGUCCUCCGCUCCCGGCAAGCGGCCGAGUCCCAGCUGCAGGGAUGCGGCGUCUUGUGAGGGCGGAGAGGAGGCCGGCUGCUCCCCGUCGCCGUCUCGGCGCAGCUGCGGCGGCGACUCUUCAAGCGACGGUGAUCGCGGCGGCCAGGACGGGCCCGCGGCGGGAUCCGGCGACGCGGAGGCCACGCCGACGCCGCGCCGCUCCUCCUCCUCCCCCUCCACCUCGGCGUUCACCGGCUGCUCCCCGCACGGCGCCGAGCUGGCGCCGCGAACGCCCCCGCGGCGGGCCCGGCACGCGGCCGGCUGCGGCGACGACGACCCGAGGGAGGGCGGCGGGACCGGCGGCGGCACCGGCGGCGGCGACGCCGCGGGCGACGCCGCGGGCGACGAGGUCUCCAAGGACGUGGUGCUCGAGCGCCUGCGCUCGCUGCGCGAGGCUCUCGGCGCCGGCCGCCGGGAGCGGCCGGCGGCCGCCGGGAGCGGCGCCGGCGUGCUGCUCGAGUGCGUCGCGCACCUCCUGCAGUGCUGCAGCCGCUACGCCGACCACAUCCCGCAGUCGCGCGAGCGGUUCGCCUUCCGGGAAGCCGUCGCCAGGCUCGACGCGGGCCUCCGAGAACUCCAGGGGGCGCCCGCCGGCGGCUCGGGGUACCCGGCGCCGGUGGGCCUCUUGGCGUGCGUGCGCGACAUCAGCAGCAUAGUCCAGCGUUAGCGGAUCCGGCUGCUGGGGAGGGGCUGUCGUGCGCGGCGACGCCGACCGCCGAGCGAACGGAGCCGUCGCCAUUCGACGCGGUGACGCGUCGGCGCAGAGGGGUGCGGCUGUCGGAGCGGCUGUAGGUGGUGGAGCCGUAGCGGCGCGUCCGUUAUCGGUGGCUCGAGCGACGUUCUAAACUGCUCACCGACCCGCGCCAAAGGCGCGGCGUGCGGUCAAGCGCUGUGAAACGAACUGGCCACCGGGUGGGGGGGAGGCCGUCGUGCUUGCUGUGGCAGGCGACUGGCUGUAAAUUGUACCGUCGGCCAAACGUACGAACCUCGCUGGGACUAAUCCGGAAUAUUGGCGCCGGAUGAUCCGGAAACGCUGUGGAACCAACUUGGAACGCUUUUUUUGCGCACACGAACGUCCACAGCGUGACCACCUCUCUCCACGCCUACAUCUCCCGUUUACAUCGUCGUUACCAUAAUAAAUACUUAUUAUUUCGACCCGCCCUCCCCUUCCCCCACCGAAGCUGCCCUCCCGUUCCGUCGGAACGGACCGGAGGUUGCGGUUUUGCGCGCCCGUUCGCCGACCGCCGACGCUGCGCCAGGGCCACCACGAUCGGCGGACGGGAAGACGGAAAACCCGCGGCGCAAACCUUUUUUGUCCAGCGCCGCGUCAACUUUGCGAACGCCGAGGGGGGGGGUAGCACGACGGGAAACCGGGUGGCGUUUUUUUAUUAUUAUUAUUAUUGCUGCGGGAUCACAGUUGCGCGACCGGGCCUGUAGACACAUCGCGCUAUCUUGCGUCCCGUCGGAUCUCAGAAAGCUCAGCGGGUGGGGCGUGCCUGCUCACCGCUUUGAUGGUGUGACAACGAGCACGUGCCAGGUGUCGUGGGGCUGCUAGAUGGUCAGGAGAUGGUAGCACAGCAAGGGGCUCAGUCUGUAUAUACAUAUAGUCAGGUAAAUUUCGAUUUAAAGCUUUCGUGACUGCAGGGAUUCAUAUUCUUGGUUCUUUCGGUAAAGUCACGUAGAAGGGAAACAAUAAAAUAACAAUAUUUUUUAUUAUUUUAUUGUUUCCCUUCUAUGUGAUUUUACCGAAAGAACCAAGAAUAUAUAGUCAGGUAGUUGAGUCUAUCGGAGGAUUGAAUCCAUCUGUGCAGAGCUUCGAGUGACCCCCCCCCCCACUGUUAAAGCGUGAUGAGGUUUCUUCAGCUACUCCAGUUAGCUCCCACGUGACCAAAAAAAAAAAAACUCGUGAAUCAAAUUGGGUCAAACAUCCCGAGACAGGACCCUCCUGAAAUCGAGGCCCGAGACCCUCCUAUGCAAUGGCAGUCACCCAUCCAAGCAAGCGCUUAUCCAGGCUCUCGAACUUCCUUAGCUACGGAGCUCCCGACGGGACCGGCGGGCGGGGUGGGGGGGGCAUUGCGGUUGAGUUGGUUGCAGAAACAAAUCUUUUACCAUCGGCAAAGAAACAUCAACGGAACGCAGACUGCGGAUGACCGACCGCGAGAAGUGUAGACGAUCAUCGGGCAGCAUUUGCACUAAAAUC